UUUGUGCAAACGAAAAGCAACCUACUAAAAUAAUUGAAGCAGAUAAUUUAAACCGUUUCCUAAAUAUUGAAAUUAUUAUGGAGCAAAAUGUACAAAAAUGUGUGGUUGCUUAUUUUAAGUAUUUAGCUAAGCAUAACCAACUUAGCAAAAGUGUUAAUGAAAGUUGCACUUCAACUCUAAAUCGUACACUUGCAAAAUGUCGUCAUUUAGCUUUAAUGAAAAAGGCUGUACAGAGUGUAAAUGAAGAUGAAAAUCAUUUAAGAAAGCGAUUGAUAUAUUCUCUGUUAUUGGAAAUAAAUGAUUUAGUGUGUUCUGUUCAGAAGUUAACGUCAACAUUAGAAAAAUCAACAGCGGAACUAAGAAAUAAAUUCAAUGAGUUUGAGCAAUCAGUGAAAGAUUAUGAUUUUCCAGAAAAUAGCAUCCUUACAAAUGGGAAUUCUUUGCAACCUUCACUAUCAGAAUUAUUGGAACUUGCAAAUGAUUCUUGGACAUAUUAUGAAGCGUACAUAGGUGAAAUACAAAUUAGUUUACAAAUUGCAAAUUUAACUAAAGAAGCUGAAAUAGAAAAUAUAUUAGAAAUAUUAAAAAGAAAUUUGAAUGACAACGAUAUUGAUGAUUUCAUAGCGAUAACUCAGUUUUGUGAGCAGGUUGAUAAUAUUCCAUAAACGAUGUCACUAAAAAUAGGUAUGAAUAACAAUUCAAGAUAUUUUCCGUGUCUCCUAAUUCGGCCCUGUACAGUUUCUCUGUAUCGCGUAGGUGGAGUCGAUUGCUACGGAUGUAGUAGCAAUCAGUCCAAGUUGAAAAGGCUCGCUACGGUAGUGCUACGC